UGAUCUUGACCGAAAAACAUUCUUGUCCCUUUACAAUAUAUGUCAAAGCAAGCUUAACCUCUGUUUCCACUAGGGAAAAAUAGGAAAUGAAAAACGAAAACUCUUGAACUUUGAGUAAAAUUGUUUUUUAAUUUGAGUAAUAUUCACUAGAUUUUCCUUCACCAAUCUACGUUCCAUUAUAUCCAUUUUAGUAAACGACGCCGCAGCCGUAGAAUCAUCAUGACACAUCAUUCCAACCCCAAAACAAGGAAAGCUACACAUAUCGCCUCGCACGGACAACAAUUCAGAGAGGUGCAUCAUCACACCGCCCUGCAGGCAGGUGGUUUUCCGACACCAUCUAAUGACGACGGCGACGGCGGCCGCUGUUCGUCUUCUCAUCAUUCUUUCUCUUCUAACCACUUCUCUCUCCAUACCCGGCGAGGACGCCCACCUCAUCCAAUUCAAAGCCUCGUUCAAGGAUUCCUCUCCCCUCAAUCCCACCUGGAUCGCCGGCACCGAUCCCUGCGACCGCAACCGCCCAUGGCUCGGCGUCGACUGCAGCGACGCCGCCUUCCAAUCAGUCUCGUCGCUGCUCCUCAUAAACCUCGGCUUGUCCAAUAACGCUGGCGGCAUCGACGUCCAGGCAUUGCAGAAACUCGAAACGCUCCGAAUCCUUAGCUUGGAAAACAACAGCUUCUCCGGCCCCAUGCCGCAAUUCAACCGCCUCAGCUCGUUGAAGUCUCUCUUCCUCUCCGGAAACAACUUCUCCGGCGAGAUACCCGGCGAUUUCUUCACCAGCAUGGGCUCUCUCAAGAAACUCGAGCUUGCCAACAACAACUUCUCCGGCAGGAUCCCGGUGUCGCUGCAGCAGCUCGACAGCCUCAUCGAGAUGCUGCUGCAGCGGAACCACUUCUCGGGCCCCGUCCCUUCGUUCCAGCAGAAAUCUCUGCAGGCGUUGGAUCUAUCCUACAACAAUUUGGAAGGGGAAAUACCUCGAAGCAUGGCGAGGUUUCCAGCCACGGCAUUCGAGGGAAAUCCCAGCAUCUGCGGCGGCGCCACUGGCAACCCAUGCAAAGCUCCGGCGACGUCGCCGCCUCUCGGGGAGGCAAUCAUGGCUUCGAGCGCCACCACGAAAUGGGUGGUCCUAGCCAUCGUGGUGGCCGUGCUACUAGUAACGAUCCUCUUCAAGAAAAAGGAAAAGGGCGAUAUGUUCAGCAUGAUCGGAAGCGAUCCGAGCGCGGAGAAUCAUCAGCACGAACACGCGGUCCAGGUGCACGCGCCGAGCAUAAACAGGCGGACGGCGGGCUCGGCGAGGAGGACGGGAAGUCACAAUUUCAACAAUUUCAACGGCGACGCUCCCUCGAUCGGGAAGAGGGGGCGCUCGAAUUCGGGGAAGAGCGACCUUGUGAUGAUCAACGAUGAGAGGGGGAUGUUUGGGCUGUCGGAUUUGAUGAAGGCGGCGGCGGAGAUCCUCGGCAACAGCGGCUUGGGAUCGGCGUACAAGGCGACGAUGGCGAAUUACGGGACCUCUGUUGUUGUGAAGAGGAUGAGAGGCAUGAAUAAGUUGAAUAAGGAUGCGUUUGAUGCGGAGAUUAGAAGGCUCGGGAGGAUAAGACACCGGAAUAUUCUGCCGCCGUUGGCCUACCAUUACCGGAAAGAGGAGAAGCUUUUGGUCACCGAGUAUAUUCCCAAAGGCAGUCUAAUGUUUGUGCUACAUGGCGACCGAGGGAUUGGUCACGCGGAGCUGGACUGGGCUACACGGCUGAGAAUCAUAAAGGGAGUAGCUCGCGGGAUGGGAUUCCUCCACACGGAGUUGUCGGAGAUGGAGGUCCCCCACGGCAACCUCAAGUCCAGCAACAUCCUCCUCUCCCAAAACCACGAGCCCCUUCUCACGGACUACUCCCUGUACCCCAUGAGCAGCUGCUCGCAGUCUCUGCAAGCACUGCAGGCCUACAAAAGCCCCGAGGUGAUGCUCCACCAGCAGAUCACCCCGAAGAGCGACGUCUACUGCCUCGGCGUGGUGAUCCUCGAGAUCAUAACCGGGAAGUUCCCAUCUCAGUACCUAAACAACCAGAACGGCGGCACCGACGUGGUGCAGUGGGUUAGGGAAGCCAUUUCUAACGGGAAGGUGUCGGAGUUGAUUGAUCCGGAGAUCGCCAACGCGCAGAGCUCGCUUGCAGAGAUGGAAAGGAUGUUGUAUAUUGGAGCUAGCUGCACGGAAGAUGAUCACUUGACGAGGGUAGAGAUGAGGGAGGCCAUAAGGAGUAUAGAGGAGGUACAAGUUUGAUGGAGUAGUUGAUUUGGUAGAUUCCAUUUUUUGAGACGUGGGCUAGAAUUGAAGCUGCUUCAUCAUUUUGUGUGAUUACUAGAGCUCUUGGGGCAUGCAUGGAAGAUGGUGAGGGACGGAAACUGAAACACCUGCAUGCCUGCCUGCACUUCCUCUUCUCGCUAAAUUAUGAAUUUUUUUAAGAAAGGGGAGGACUAGCUUCAACAUAUACUUUCUGAUCUUGUUGCUCUUUUUUGUACAGCUUGUGUUGAACAAAUGUAGAGGUCGAUCGGUUCUGCUUUCCUUUUCUCCUUCUCUUUCUCUUUUGAAUUAUAUCAAUUUUGCUGAAAA